CUGUAGGUUUGUAAGCUUUUUUUCUGAUUUAGAUGAAGAUGAUGACCAGUCGGUUCUGGUUUAUACUGCUAAAAAUGUAAUACGUGGGCGAUACAAUAUAUUCAUUCCUUUUCAUUGCUUUCUGCUUGCUUGUGGGGAAUUUAUUCUAUUUCCAGUAAAAGCAAACACUGGAUGCUCUUUAUUCUGUAUUUUCAGUUGCAGGUCGACUUGUUCAGACUACAGUUUUCCUGAAGGAUCAGAGCUAAGAAGAUACUCUGACACAUGUUAUCCUGACAUUCUCUCUAGGCUCCAGGAGAUGGUGUACGAUUUGGAGAUGGUGCAUGCCAGGAGGCUGUCUGCAGGAGACUGCCAAGAUGGUGGCCACUUCCUUUUUGGUGCGAUUUCAGAGAGGUGUGCAGCGAUCCCCCGCAGUGACCACCUCGCUGACCAGCUGGCCCACCAACAGGUCCUCCACGCCUUCACCAGCAUACUCACCACACUGCCUCCCAGCGUUCUCGUGCGAGCUCGUCGGAGGGGCCCGCGGACUGCUCUGAACUGCGAAACGUUCUUUGACUUUGUGAAUGAAAAGCAGAGGAACAGCUGUACUGGAAGGUGUGUCCUGCCCUAUGAGCUCACUGCACACUUCUUCAGGGGCGUGCUGAGCGCCAGUCUGGACUGUGCUGUGCCCGGUGCUGCCGUGUGUGAGGUUCUGACCCAGUGCGCCCUGCAGUGCCCUCUGAUCAUCAUCUCGGCAGGGCUGUGGUGGGCCAGGCUGCAGCCCGUGCUCUGGUCCCAGUGGAGGAGGCUGAGCGCAGACCCACUACCAGAGGAGCUCCAGAGGAUGGCAGACUGCCACUCCUGGGCCCGCAGCGUGCUGUGCGGGAGGGUGACCACUCCGGCCUCCGACUCCGCCUUGAUCCUGGCGGCCAGUCUGCACUGGGCCCUGCAGAGGAACCCGGCGGGCCGGGGCCUCGGGGCCACGCUGACAGAGCUGGAGGAACACGGCCCGCAGCUGCUGGUUUUUCUUCUCUUCUUCUCCCUGAUGGAUCUCAUCACUGCCGAAAUUCAUCCCAAGGGGCCAACUGAUUCCCAGCAAGCUCAGGAGCGCUGUGCAGACAUCCUUAAGAGCCUCGAAGACUGUGGUCAUUGGCUGGUUCUUUUCCGUGGGCCAAGCGCAGAUCAAGGCCCAUACCAGAUUGUAUACAAAAUGAUGUCUGAAAUGCAUGUGAAGUUGUUGCCUCUGGCUUUCUACAGUCUUGUUCUCAGCCUGGAGAAUUCCCAGCUGGGCUGUUUAGUCAGAGCCCAGGAUUUCCUGAGAACUGCCCUGGAGAUGUACAGCAGACUAGUGGGUCUGUUUGUGGAUGGCACAGCGGGAGAACAACGGAUUCCUGAGCAGGUCGACUCUGUGAAGAUUCUGACUGAAGCUCAGCGGUUUCUCCUUCGCACUAUUUCAGUGUGUCCACAGAGCAGCUUUUUGUACAGGAAACGGCUGGAGGAUGCCUGUGGAGACCUGGACCCAGAGGUGGCGGCGGCCCUGUCCGCUCGGCUCAAGCCCCCUCGUGCUGACUUGCUCUGCGAAGUGCCCGACUUCUUGUAAACCACGCAGGACAAUCCUUUUCCUGUAUUAUUCUGUUGACUGCCCUGUGAAGAAUGACUGCGACCCAAAAACAAUACAUUUUGAAGAGCGUAUGCUAAUUUAGGAAUAGCAAAAUGGAUAUUUAUACCAGAGAAGGGCAUUAGGCACAUCAGGUUCGCUUGGGUCUAAUCCCAGAGUCUCUACUGCUUUCACUGUGAACAACUUCUCCCCUCUGGGAGCAAACUAGAUCACCUGAAACUGUGAAAUUCUGAAACCCCACAGCAGCCACUUUUUGUGAACUGCUGAAGUGGUCUUCAUAGCUGCAAGGGCACUUGCCCGUGCCAUUAGUGUAUUUGGCUGGUCCUAUCUCACAGGACACAAAAGCACGUAAACAGAUGAGGUUUUUCCUAAGUUGCUUUAUUAAAAACAAUAUGAAAUGUUCAAUAGUGCGGACUUUGCAAGACUGCUUAGUAAAGGACAGAAUUAAUAACGAAAAAAGGUACAAAUUUCCUUGCAAGUACUGGUAGCCGAAACUAGCAAAAGGGGAAUAUCGAAGGCUCUGAGGUUCUGGAGCUGGUGGGCACAGA